AUCUCACCAAUUAUCAUGUACUCUGCCCCUGCAAAACCCAAUCUGGUUUGGAAGCUCAGCAUCAUCAACUUCAUGGCUGCUGCUCUCGCUUCUUCACUAGCCUUAUCGUGCUCCACACUCAGAGGAGGCUCCGAUCCCUCAAAACCCAGGUUCCCUAAUCUCUGCGCAAAGCCCACUAAUUUGGGUUUAGCUGUUUCGCCUCACUCUCAUUCUCGUAACCGCAAAAUUUUGAGAAUCUCGGCUACUGUCUCGGUCUCUAACCCGGAAUUACGGACCGGUCCCGACGAGCUCGCUGCUUCUAUUCUCUCCAAGGUGAUAGAUUCGGACAGAGGAGUUUUGCUGGAAAAGGAACAACAUAAGGAUGUGGCUCAAGUGGCCGAGGCAUUGCAGAACUACUGUGUUAGUGAACCAGUGAAAUGCCCUCUAAUUUUCGGAGAUUGGGAUGUGCUGUACUGUUCAGUGCCAACAUCGCCUGGGGGUGGCUAUAGGAGUACACUUGGCCGCCUUGUUUUUAAAACAAAGGAGAUGAUUCAAGUUAUUGAAGCUCCUGACAUUGUUAAAAACAAGGUGUCCUUCUCUGCUUUUGGGUUCUUGGAUGGAGAAGUCUCUUUAACAGGAAAGUUGAAGGCUCUGGAUGAUAAAUGGGUUCAAGUUAUUUUUGAACCACCAGAAUUGAAGGUUGGAGCUUUGGACUUUCGAUAUGGCGGUGAAAGUGAGGUUAAACUCCAGAUCACAUAUAUAGAUGAGAAUAUCAGGCUGGGGAAAGGCUCUAGAGGUUCACUGUUUGUUUUCAGAAGACAAGGUAAAUCUAAUUGAAGUGAUCAAGAAUCAUUCUCCAUGUAAAACUGCUUCAAUGCUGGUGAUAUCAAUGUUAUUCAGUGUAUAAAACUAAAGCUUUUUCACAAUUGCAUUGCAUUCAGCUGCAAAGCAUGAAGAUAAUAUGUCCAGUAGGAUUCAGUGGUCGCUACAAAAUAAUAACCGACAUGUUAAAGCAGACGCAGUUCACUUUAUCGAUUUUUGCUAUGGAA